AUGUAUCCAACAACAUCCAAAACCGAACUUCCACCCCCUCCGCCCAACGACAGUGUCCUCCUCUCCUACCCGACGCCCAAUAUCCUGCUCGUGACCAUCAACCGGGCGCGGCAGAUGAACUCGAUCCCCUUCCCCGUGCACUGGCACCUCCACCGGGUUUUUGAGUGGUUCGACCGCGAGCCGACCCUGCGCGUGGCCAUCAUCACCGGCGCGGGUCCCAAGGCCUUCUGCGCGGGCCAGGACCUGAUCGAGCUCGGAAAGCGCAAUCCCAAGGAGCUCGAGGAGAAGCCGUACUUGGGCAUGCAUCCCACCUCGGGCUUCGCGGGCAUUAGUCGAAGACUGGGCAAGAAGCCCAUCGUUGCGGCAGUCAAUGGGUUCGCUUUGGGCGGGGGCUUUGAGAUUGUUUUGAACUGUGACAUGACCGUCGCUUCUCCGACCGCAACAUUCGGCCUGCCCGAGUCCCUGCGCGGCAUCUACGCCGGCGCCGGCGGCCUACCCCGCCUGGUCCGCAACGCAGGCCUGCCCAUCGCCUCGGAGGUGUCCAUGACGGGCCGCACGCUGUCCGCCGCCGAGGCGCUCAAGUACAACAUUAUCAACCACGUGUCAGCGACAAGGGAGUCGUGCGUCGCCGAGGCCGUCCAGCUCGCGCAAAAAGUCGCGGACAUCUCGCCCGACGCUAUCAUUGUCACCCGCGCCGCGCUGCGUGAGACCUGGGAAAACGGCUCGGUCGAGAGAGGGUACCAGCUUAUCGACGAGCGCAUGAAGAGGGGCCUCAUGCAGGGCGAGAACGCCACCGAGGGCUUGGCUGCGUUUCGGGAGAAGAGGAAGCCCGUGUGGAAGGCGUCGAAGUUGUAA